UCUUGAUUCUUUGGGUAUCUUCCAAUCCAGUAUUUAAUUCGGGCUUUGAGCUCGGAAGCUGUGUAGCUCCGACGCCCGCCCAACAAUUUGAGCUUUCUUCAUGGCAAAUCAGUCCUCCUCCUCUUCCUACCCGAUUCUCUGCGCUUCCUUCAACCAAGACUCCAGUUGCUUUGCCAUAGGCACAAAGAAUGGCUUCAAAGUAUUCGAUUCUAAUACAGGCAGACUCUGCUAUGAAGGAGUUAUUGGCGCUUUCGCUAUUGUUGAAAUGCUAUUUAGCUCUAGUCUUCUUGCCAUUGUUGGAGCUGGUGAAGAGCCAUCUCUAUCCCCGCGGCGUCUCUGUUUGUUCAAUACAACCAGUGGAACUGCUCUUCGAGAAUUGAACUUUUUGACUUCAAUACUUGCCGUUCAUAUGAAUAGGAAAAGACUUGUUGUCAUCUUACAGGACAAAACAUAUGUAUAUGACAUAAAUAGUCUUGCAAUCUUGGACACUAUUGAUACUGUAUCAAAUAUAAAAGGGCUUUGUGCCUUCUCCCCGAGUUUGGAUGGUUGUUACUUGGCUCUUCCUGCCAGCAUCUCCAAAGGAUCAGUGUUGUUAUACAAUGUCAUGGACCUGCAUUUACAUUGUGAGAUUGAUGCUCAUAGAGCCCCACUUGCUGCAAUUGCACUUUCUUCCAAUGGUACGUACAUAGCAACAGCAUCCGAACAGGGAACCAUUAUCAGAGUCCAUCUAGUAUCAGAAGCAACAAAGUCUUAUAGCUUUCGGAGAGGAACAUAUCCAUCUACUAUAUUCUCCUUAUCAUUUGCGCCAUCUAUGCAACUGCCGGAUAUUCUCGUGGGCACAAGUUCAUCUGGUUCUGUUCAUGCUUUCUCUCUGGGGUUUUCUAAUUACCAGAGCAGGAGCAAAAGAUCAGGAACUUUUCUUGGAUCAAUUAUACCUGACUCUGUUACUGAUGCACUAGAUCCAGCAUAUCAUGAUGUACUGCAUAAUGUUGCACCUGCAGGGGUCAAAAGGUUUGAACCCCUCAUGGUACGUACCUAGCUACUUGCUAGAGUUUCUGCCUCUUAAAGAUUUUAGUGUGAGGCAGGAGACCCUGGUUUCGAGCCCAGGUCCGCAAAAUGGAUUUGGAGGAUCUCUGGGAAUCAAAAAAGGGAAAAAAAUAUCACCUUUGCUGUGUUAAAUCUUUAUCCUUGUAGUUAUUAGUAUUUCUUUGAUGUAUAGUUGAGAAUUUCAAGUUUGGUGUAUAAUGCGGACUUUGUACUGACUGUAAUUAAAAGUAGGCUUACUGAUAGAGCUCUAAGAAGCACAAACACUCUCAUUAUCAAAUAUAGAGAUGCUUUCCUGCUAAGCAUGAGUAUUUGUUAUAGGAAUGCAUAUUUGAUAAUGACUAUUUUAUUGUUGGUAUGAAAUUAUAAACUUAUUUCCAGCCAAGCUAGGGAUUUUGUUUAUAAAAAAUCCAAUUUUUGUUACCCGGUCAAAAAAAUUCAUUUGAACUAUGGAUCUUCACUCUUUUAACUGGCCCAUUGAUCAGGAAUAUUGUUAAAUAGGAGAUACCUGGUUUGACUCAACUCAGAUGUCACUAUUCAUUCCUGCUAUUGUUCUCUUGGUAGUCCAGUAUUUCAUAAAAUCAGCAUAUUUUCUGUGGUUUAUUUUAAUUUUUAAU